UAGAGCAAGUUCUUCGUAAACCCUGCCCUCCGGUUCCGGAGAUUGCCGAAGCUUUUAGUUGGGUUCGGGCCGUGUUGUGUCGGACGCUGUGUGUGUGUUUGCAGCUGUGAGAUUGGGGAUUAUUUUCCCUCCUCUUCCUAUUUUCUUCCAUCUUUCGCUGUGUUUUUGCCCUUUCCUGUUAGCAGUGUGACAGAGCAAGCUCCCAUUCCAUGCACACUCGUCCAGUUGCAAGCAGCCGGAGCAACAUCACAUCUUGCACAAAAGGACAGCUCGCUUUUGCAAUUCCAACCUUAAGUCUAUUGCUUUCUCUUCCCAACAUAUUGCUUCCGUUAUACUGUUCAUGAUUUUUCCGGCUCAAGUUUGUGCCUAGCUUUAUCUCGCCGGGCGAGUAUUAACAGGAUCAAGAUUUUCACUUUUGCCAUUGGCAGUAGAAUAUUGUGUUUGGCUUAUGUAUAUAUAUAUUGCCCUGUCUUGGCAUUUAGUCCCAGGCCAGUCCGUUUGCAUCUUUUCAUCAUGAAGUAACUUGUUUUGAGUAAGUUUUUUUUCAGCACCCCAGACUUCAUUUUAACCAUCAGCAGCAAUUUAAGCUGUUAGAAUUUUUUAAUAAAGCACCUUGGUUCCUAGAGGUGUGAGUUGGCAGUGCCUAUUUAGCCUAGCUUUCUAAAGUUUCAUUAGAUCUGGCUGGUGUGAGCUUGCUAUGGCAGAUGCUGUAAUGUCAGAUGCUCACCUUCUGGGCUUUAAUACCCAUGGCACCAAAAGAGAAUCAGAUCAGCAGUUGCAUCUGGGAAGCAGUGGUGCAUCUGGCGCUGGAGUGAAGAGGCAGCGCGUGGAGCCAGAGCAACAGGAGCCUGACAACACUAUGAGUGUGCCAGUGUCCCAAGCAUAUCAGGCAUAUGCAGCACAGAACAGCCAGGGUAACCAGGAGCCGACAGCCACUCCUGACACUAUGGUUCAGCCGUUUGCAGCCAUCCCUUUUCCUCCACCACCACAGAAUGGACUAUCCACAGACUAUGGAAGCCAGCACACACAGGAAUACGCUACUCAGUCCACUGAGCAUGGGAUUCCCUUGUACGGAGGAGGGCAGAGCCAUGCAGAGCACAGCACCCCAGCUACCAGCACUGCCAAUGCUUCCAGCACGCAGACAGAUGGAUCACAGACAGAAGGACAGCAGUCCCAGACACAAAACAGUGAAAACAGCGAAUCCAAACCUACCCCAAAGCGGCUUCAUGUUUCGAACAUCCCUUUCCGAUUCAGGGACCCAGACCUGCGCCAAAUGUUUGGACAAUUUGGCAAAAUUCUUGACGUGGAAAUUAUAUUUAACGAGCGAGGCUCCAAGGGUUUUGGUUUUGUAACUUUUGAAACUAGCGCGGAUGCUGACCGGGCCCGGGAGAAAUUGCACAGCACGGUGGUUGAGGGGCGAAAAAUCGAGGUGAACAACGCCACAGCUCGUGUGAUGACCAAUAAGAAAAGUGUGACCCCUUAUGGCAACGGCUGGAAACUCAGUCCGGUUGUAGGAGCUGUUUAUGGACCGGAACUUUAUGCAGCUGCACCCGGGCUUCAAGCUGACGUCUCUCUGGCCACUGAGGCUGGUGUGCCCCUGCCCGGACCACGGGGGGUUAACACGUACAUUCCGUUGAUCAUUCCUGGCUUUCCUUACCCGACAGCAGCAGCUGCAGCUACAACAGCAGCUGCUUUCAGGGGGGCACACUUGAGGGGCCGCGGGAGGACGGUGUAUGGUGCUGUGCGGGCGGUACCUCCUACUGCUAUCCCCACAUAUCCUGGACUAGUCUUACAGGAACCAAUCUUAAACCCUAAACUACCUCAGGGUGGAUAUGCAGCAUACAGAUAUACUCAGCCAGCCACAGCCGCCACAGCUGCCACCGCCGCUGCAGCUGCCGCAGCAGCCUACAGCGAUGGGUAUGGCCGAGUAUACACAGCUGACCCAUAUCACGCCCUGGCCCCUGCUACCAGUUACGGAGUGGGAGCUGUGGCGAGUUUAUACAGAGGCGGUUACAGCCGAUUUGCUCCGUACUGAAGUGACGUAAGCCUAUUGUCCCCUAUUAAACCUGGACAAAACUGCCCUUCCUCUCUCCUUCUGACCCCUUUCCCCUUCCUCCACUGUCAACGUUCGCGAGGCCCGGCUUUUGCAAUACUUUAAACGAGAAACUCCUCCAGGAAUUUUCUAGCAGCGCCACAUGGAAGGAUACAGCUGAAAAACAUUCAAAACACAAAAAGGACAUUUUUAUACCUCAGCCUACUCUUCAGAUCUGUAUUUUUAUUUCUGCUUUUUGUUUUUUUGUUUUGUUUUUUUUUAGGGGGUGUGUUCAUUUUGUUCCAAAGAUUGUGUUUAUUUUUUAUUUUUAAACUGUGGUAAAAGUGCGUGUAUAUAUAUUAUUUACCUACGUAUGUGCUGUGAGCUUUUUUUUUAAUAUUAUUUCUUCACUUGGAGGGGAGGUUUGCAGAAAUCAGGAGGACAGAAGAUGCCGAUAGGAUGGGGGAGGAAGAGAGAGAUUAGAAUAAUAGAAUUGUUAUUAUUGGCUCCUGGGGAACCAAUCCUCUGGCAGCAAGAGUGUUGCAGACAUAUUGCAUAUUGUUUGCUGGGAGUUUCAUACAAAUAGAGUGGAAAUGAAAUGGGAUGAAAACCCAAUCAAAGAGAAUAGUGAGUUGGCAGAGGCCUACAUGUGAGCAGCUUGAACUGGCAUUAUUUUGUACACCAUGAUGUUGCACUGUCAUUUGAACACUUUGUGACUGUCUGACUUGGAUACAAAGUACUUACCUUCUCUUCAGCUGCUUCAAUGGGGAUACCUGAAGUGGGGGAGAACGGAAGAAUCUGAAAAUGGAAAACCAAAAUGGCUUCCAAGUUUGGAUUAUGACGCAGUUCUUCUGUGGGCCUAGAGAGCUGUUGGCAGUUAUAUGUGUGAUGGGGCAAUCACAAUGAUUGGUGCAGUAUAAAUAUGUUUGUAUAUAUGUGUAUCUGUGUAUUUGUAUGUGUGUCUUGUGUGUGUUUGUGUAUAUAUAUAAAUACACACACACAUACACACAUACAUAAACAUCAUUUAGAGAACCGGAAUCGUUUUACCUUGUUGUUUCAGCAGCAUACUAGUGUCAUUACAAGAUGUAGCAGCAGUGUGAACUAAGGAUCGAUAGCCUGCCAAAAUCCAGCGGUUAAAAAUGUCUGCCACUAGUGUUAUGGGGCCCAAGGAAAAGGUGCAUCUUGGGAAUGUUCUGAUUUCAUGGCAGAAGCGUGCAGGUCUUGUGUUCUGGACUGGGGUAGUAAACCUUUUCAAAAUCCUCCCCACUUCUCAGUGAGAAUUCCCUUUACAUAGAUCUUUAUGUUCUCUUUUUGUGCUGGUCACAAUAUCCGUCCUGUCAUGGGGACUUCUCUCUGUAGGUGCAGCUUACUUACACAGGAGACAGAACAUUCACACUAACCGCACCUCUUGGCUACGUUUGUCCUUGGGUUUGACUUGUUUAGCUCCGCUUAUGGUUUCAUGAUGAGUUUUUCCCACCACCACACAGCUAUUUUCUGGAGACAGGGUCUCCUCUAUUGAUUUCUGUAGUGAUGGACGGGUACAAGGAAAGAAAAUAAGAUAGAAAGGCUAAAAGAAGUAAGCUGCUGUCACUCAGGAAAAUGCUGCAGCUUCUACACAAUCAGUCAGUAGGAUCUUCUUAACCUGCACGGAUGCUGCUGUGGAUUUUCUUAGUCUUCCUUUCAUACAAUACAAGUGUAUGUGUGCAAAGCUUUUUAUCUACACACAAAUGUGUGUGCGUUUAUACACACAGGAGUAAUCUUUAUGUAUCAUUGCACAUACACAGUGAGACAUGGUAACCGCUCGGCUUGCUUAGGGAAAGCUUGGAUGCUGCCUGUCUGUGUUACGUACUAAAGGCAAGGCCAGGGGCACUGUGUGAGAGGGAACAGAACUUUAGGGCUUUGCUGGCAGUGUGAAAAUGUUAUCUGGAUAUCGUAAACUCAGUUACCUCAUAUACCCCCCACCCCCCCCCCACAAGGCAGAUAAUGAAAUGGGAAAAUCUAUAAAAUCUAAUAUUAGGAAAAGGAAAAAACUGAAAGCUGUUUCAUGACCUUGUGUUAUUCAAUUGGAUCUGCCAUGAAAAGAGGAUGGCAACAAUCACAGAGGCCUGUGUGCCCUACACUUCAUAAAGAAAUAUGCGUUUUGUUUUAUUCUUAGCAAAUUCAAAUCUGAUUUUCAUGAUAGUUACCGUUAAGUAUUUUUAUUUAUAUACUUUUUUUAAAAUAUCUGAUCAGUUUACUGGGAGUGUGGUUUCUAUGUUGUGUAAUUGUGUGCCCUUUGGCAUGAUUAGGACUGGCCCUGCAUCUCUUUUGCAUUUAAUCCAAAACUGAAUGAAUUUAGAAACAAGAUCAGAGCUCAGUCAGCCCAGCCCAAUGGUCGACCCUUGUAUUUCCUCUGUGGAUCCAGGUAGGGAAGCUAGAUUGGCCAGUGUAUUUCAGUAUGAUGCAGACAUUACUAUUGUUAGACAAUCUGCAAUAGUCUUCAUUUUACUUAUUUUUUUGUUUUUGCUUCUUAUCCACUACCUUUUUUUUGAAGAAGAAGAAUGAGUGGUUUAAUAACACUAGCAACCAGUGAAACUGUAAGAUGGAUCACACAGGGCCCAUAUAAUAUAAGCGCUGAAUAAAACAAUAACAAUACAACAGAAGCCUGGCAGCAAAUCCCGUUUCUGGUUGCCAGGUUCAGCCACCCUAACCCAGAGAGGAUUUUUACUUGCAGGCAGGAAGGUGAAUAAUUAAAGAACUGUUUCGUUUCUCACUUCUGGCACAGCCAAUGAAAUGAGCUUAGAGAAUUCGGUUCCAUAACAUCCUGAUAAUGAGAUAUAUAAAUGUCAUAAACAGAAUGAAGCAUCUUGAGACCUUUCUUGGGCCCCAAAAUGAAGUAUGUUUUGUGUUCCAUUAUAUAAAUGUUUAGGAAAAGCAAAGAACUGAGGUGCAUGUUGUUACAAUUUCUUGUUGCUUUGUUCUGUUUCAUUCUAGUCAGCACGUUUUAUUAUAUGUCCUGUAUUUAAGAAGUUUCUGGGAGUUGCAGUUCAGUAGCCAGAGGACUGAAAGUAAACGUACCUGUAUAUGGUAUAGCAGCACUUGUCAUUUCUAGUCAGGGUAUGUGAGUUGUAAUUCGGCUGAUGCUUCAACAUUGGAUAUAACAUGAAACUGGCCCUGUAUGUGUCUCUGGGCUCCCAUUAACAUUGGCCACUUUCCCUUAGGAUCCAAGUGUGGAUCUGUUUGCAUGUUCUAUAAAGUGUUUCCAGGGAAUCCAAUUGCUCUAAACCUGCAUCCUCGGCAGUUCUUUUUCCAUGAUUUGGUUUCAGUUGCUGCACUUUUGUAUAAGCCAAAUUUCAAGCGUUGACUGUUUCUACCCGACUGUUUCUUUGCGGUUUUAUCUGUCCAGUAUGUUGGCAGUGGUAAAGAACGAACGGUAAAAUUGCAUUUUUGGCAGUGUGACUGUAGGCUUUUAUAUGGGUUCAAGAUGCCUGGGCUAGAGGAGCUCAUAUGCAAGUUGUUUAGUAACUGGUACAAAGCUUUAAGAUGUCAUUCAUACAGUGUGACAAUUUGCUUGGCUGCUGUCCUCUGGGUAACUAUCCUUAGAAUUUUUUGCUGUCUGUACUAAAGAGGACAUGCUAGCAAAAGAAUAAGCGGCUAAUUGUGUCCUUUGUGCCAGAGACAUGUUGCAGUGCAGUGUGUUGUUGGCCCUCUCUUAGUUAUGUUCACAUUUAUGCUUUAUAUAUAUAUAUGUGUGUGUUGAUCACAAGCCUCCUGGGAAGCCAAAGCCUAGUUUAGUUUUGCCACUUACAUUUUGUUCAGCUAUUUCUGUAGUUUCGUGCUGGCUUUACCUUUCCUCGGGCCCCUUUACAGAAUACCAUUUCAUGCCAUGUGAGGGCUUCUUACUUGUGCAAUGCAAACACUACAAAGGGCAGGACUACACAUUUCUUAGAAUGGCGAUACCUCGGGAAAACCAAGGAAAUCUAUCAGGGAGAAACGCUGUCUGAUCAGUCCGCUAAUGGUGGCUGUAAGUCUGCCUGCAUAGAUAUGUAGCUUUGGAUCUUGCUCCUCUCUACUAUUGAUUGCUACGGCUGCCUUGCAUUAUCAAACCAUGACCAUAUAGCAGCUAAAACUCUAGUUAUUCAGUUUCAGUGGAUUCAUUUUUGUUUACAUUGGGAACGGCCCAGUGUACAGAGGGUGCUAAUGUUGCAGUGAAGGACGAUCGGUUGUUGAUGUGGACUUUAUUUCUCUCAGAUAUUCCCUAAAGUAGUAGUAACUGGCCAUGGGAUCACCCCCCAAAACAAUUGUGUUCUAUAUGUAUCUUUUUAAACUGAUGUAUAGUUCAAUGAUCCGGGACACUUACUGUGAAUGAUAGCAUGCCUUGGUUAUGUUAUGCUACGUAAUUGGGUGUAGAUACAUGUUUAAUAAAAGUAAGCUCCUUUAUAUGAAAUGUUUAUGGCUUACAAAGAUGGCAGUCUUGUUCAGUUGAUAUCCCUACUGUAUAUUGUAUUUCAGGACAGGAAACAGUUGUAUUUGCUGUCACGUUGUUUGCUACAAACAGCAGCUCCACGGCCACAAGGAUUGUGGGGUGCAGUGUAGAGAACGUUUAUAUCCAGUCCUAACCCAAGCUUGAGCUCAUAAUAAAACAGGGACAUGAAUUAACUUAUUGUUGGCGACUCAGACUGAGUUUUAGCGACUCACAAAUCCAUUUGUACUAAAGAACUAGCAGAACUUGAGGACUGGAGACUUCAACAGAAACUGACCUAUACUGUCUGUUGUAGGAUGUCUGCUCUUUUGUCCUAUUUCCUACUAAUUAUAUAUGGUGGCAGUGUCUAUUCCCUAAUUUCUACCUAGUGUGAUGUGAAUUGGCUGGCUUGCAUGCAUUUUCAAUCAGGUCUGUACUUGCCAGGGAGAAACCAAACCAUGUCUUAAAUGACUCGAGAAAAUGCAGUCCAGGUGCAGAUCCUUUCCAGUAGCCUCUGUGUUUAUAGGGAGACAUUAUAUUCCAGUAACACUACAAUCAUGGAUAAUACACUACUGUUGACAUAUGCUUCACUUAGGUGGAUAGGAAUUGGAGGCAUUUAGACACUAUCUGGUGUGUGACGUAUACCAGCCUGGUAGCCACACUCUUACCUUUCUUGCUGCUUGAACUCCUUUACAAGUAGAACAUGUGGACUCAUGUAGAUUCUCUUUGGGCUCUGUCCUUUUUGAUGAAGUUCACAGUGAAAGGAAGCCCUGCUCUUUCUGGUUUACAUCACUAGUAACACCAUUAAUGGUGGCUGGAGCCUUGCACUCCAACGAGAACUUUGUUAGGGGAACUUUUUGAUGUGAAUAUAUGCUUUUGAUGAAACACAUUAAUUUAUAGCAACUUUACAACAGGAACAAUCAUACCAUAUUUUAAGCGGUAUGUGACUUUUAAUCAAUGAAGGGGGGAUAUGGCCUUUUUCUUUAACCAUUAUGCAAUCAAACUUUAGAUUGGUUAAAGGGCAAGAAAAGAUGCACAGUAUAGGCCACCCUUAAGCCCUUAAAUGUAACACAGGAACCUAAUGUAAAGGACACAAAUAGGAAACCAGAAAGAUAUUUAUAUAUAGAAUUACCUGCUAUACAUGUAUAUAUUUUAUUUCCUACAUUUAAUGCGCUUCACUUAUCAUUUUAAUUGUACAUCUGUCUUAUAAGAACUGACUGCUUUGAUGGUCAUUUGGAUGCCUUCUCCUUGUGAAAAUCUGUACCAUUUCUGUGUACUGUUUGUGUUGUACCUUUUGAUACUUGCGUACUCAAAAAAAAGGCAGCCAAGGCUAAUGUCCCACAGAGAAUAUUUUGGAAAUGGCCAAUCAUUUUGGUGUAGUAUUCAGUAAGAACCAGGAAUGACCACCAAGAUGAAGCAGUUCUUGAAUGACAUGGGAUUUGUGCACACACACACACACACACACACACACACACACACACACACACACACACACACACACACACACAUACAUACAUACAUACAUACAUACAUACAUACACACACAAUACACAGACACAGGCCACUUUAGCUUUAAAAGGCCUGUAAUGUGCGCUUUUAGGUAGAAAAGCAUCUUAUACAUUUACAUGGGGAUGGCUGAACCCUGAGCAGUUGCUGGCUAUAUUAGGGAUUUUUUGCUGACAUAUGCACCGUUUGGCCAUGCUGGUUUUAUGUCUAUAGAACAUAACUUACAUUAGUCAGCCAGUGUAUUCAUUUCUGCAAAGCUGUAACCCUGACUCCAACACUAAUCAGGGUACGAUAUGUUUGGUUGGGCCUAAAUUCAAGUCAUUGGCUACUGAUAAAACAAAUGCAUCUGAAUUAUUAGAUAAAGGUUUUGCAGGCCAUAAUAAGAAUCCGUGUAGUUCAAAAAAAUGCAUUGCAGCUAUUGUCCCACUAUGUUAUGUUUUGUCUUGUGUAGAUUUAGCUGUUACUGACCGGUUUCUGAGCCAUUAAGUUGCCCUUUAGUCCUCUAGCAUGUGUAUGCAUAUACGUCAUUUCAAUUUGUGAACCUCUGGCAAAUCAAAGAGCUUUAUGGAGUACAAACAUGGAAGUGUCUGCAUGCAUGUUAUUACUGUACAGAAAAUGGCCUGGGGUUUAAUGUGUGUGAGAGAAAGAAUAAUGGAACCAGCAGUACCGUGAAUACAGGAAUGACAGGCGCCACUGUUUCAGCUUUAUUUGGCUGCUUAAGGACCUCCUGAUCAAAUGCAGUUCCAUUUUAUGUUAUACAAAGUGUGUGUAGCUGUCUGUCUGUAUAGAACUGCAAGCAUUUCAUAGAAGACACUACUUUCUGACCAUUUUAGCACUGUAAAUGCCAAACCAGUGUCAUUGCAGAGCAAUGGGCUGAAAUCAAACAGCAAAGGAGUUCAAUGAGAAAGUGGUUGUCCUUACGUGUCCUGGAUAUUGGGCCUUAAGAUGAGAAACCUUAUUAAAUACCCUCCCCUAUGAAGGGCAAUGUAUAUGGCACCCUUCUUGUAAGUAUCAUAUUGUAUAGGUAACCUAUAGGCCACUCAGUAUUCACCUGUUAUUAUUUACUGCUUAGCUGAGUUGGGAAAACUCUGAAAAUGUAAUAAGUUCUUUGUUUUGUUUUGGGGUUUUUUUGGGGGCAGGGUGGGAGGGAAUGGGAGGUAAUUUUUGUAUUACUAUCCAUUAUGUAUAAAUUAUUGAUCAUGUUUGCUGGCUUUUAUAAACUCUAAGCAAGGGGAGAGAGUCUGGAAUGGCGUGGGCAGCCUCUCCUCCCUCCCUCGCCAAUGGUAAUAAAGCACUGUUUUUAAAUAAAAAAAAUUGUAUGUUU